AUUAGGUCACGGGGUAAUGACAGCUGAAUUUCUGCUCGCUCGCACUGAAACUAUUUUAGAAGAGAAGUGAUAUUUUCUGAAAACAAGUGGUCAAUUGAGUGUUCUUUAGCAGAUUGGGAAGGAUCUUUGGUUAGUCGUAUUUAAUCACCAAAGAUGGAGGGUCGAGGGGAGUUUGGAUAUGGAUCCAUUGGAGGAAGAACAGACCAAGUUCCUGGGGACUUUACAUCACUCAUGAAUACAUGCAGCAGUAGUAUAUUCAAAAUAAAUAGCAAUAUAUCGUCACUGGAAAAAGCUAUCAGGCAGAUUGGUACACAGAGUGAUAGCAAUCCACUCAGAGCUAAAAUCCAGCAAAUGUUAACUCAAACAAAUGCUUCUAUCGCUCAAACCAAACAAUGUAUGUCACAACUUGGUCACACAUCCAGAACAUUGGAAAAGCAAAAGAGAAUUCAGUUUGAAAGGAUAGCCAAUGAUUUUCAUGACACAGUGCAGAGAUAUGGCAGUGUACAAAAGAGAGUGGCCAACAAGAUGAGGUCAAGUCCGAGUGUUCGACCGCAGAGCCAGAGCCAAGGAACAAUGGGGUUUGGAGAGCAGGGGCAGGACUACGAUCAAAAGGCGCCGCUUUUAUCGGCAGAGGAGGAGGAACGGAAGAGACAGAUGCAGAUCCAGAUGCAGCAGCAAGAUGCGGCCAUUGACUACGAUCUCACGUUGAUACAGGAGAGAGAAGAACAGAUCAGACAAAUUGAGGCAACGAUGUUAGAUGUGAAUGAGAUAUUCAAGGACCUGAGUAUGAUGGUGUCAGAGCAAGGGGAGAUGAUCGAUUCCAUUGAAGCCAACGUAGAUAGGGCGGGAGAUAAUGUAGAAGAAGGAACGAAACAACUAGCCACAGCCAGCAAGUACCAGAAAAAGGCCCGAAAGAAGAUGUGUUGUAUAUUCAUGAUCCUUGCAAUCUGUGCCAUCGUCCUUGCUCUCAUCCUGUAUUUCAGUCUUAGAUGAUUGGAUGUGUCCAAUGUUUUCAUGUAUCACUGUAAAGUCGAGUAUCACUUAUCAUUCUUAUAUGGGCGUACUGAUGCUGCCUCCGCAUUGCGGCAAAUUUCUGUAGGUCUAACUCGAUAUGAACUUCAGAUUAUUCAAAGAAUAUUGCAAGUUUUUACCAGGGCCCACUGAAGAUGCAAAAAGGCUUAGCAAUUGAUUUGGAUUGUUUUGCCAUUGAUCAUACACAAUCAGAAUCAUCACACAAUCAUAGGAAUCAGCUUCAUGAUCAAUUGCUUAACUUCAUGUCUAGGGGUCCUGACCAUGAUGAGCACAUAUCAAGUUACAUAAAAGUUAAAUAACAAGUGUUGCCUACCGAUUUGA